ACCAACUCAGACGUGCAUCCAAUUUUGUUUUUUAUUAAAUCAUUUUUACGUGUUUUUAAGUCAAUUAAAAGUCGUAGAAAAUGUUCCGAGCAACUCAAAUUGUUCUUCGUAACGCGAGAAAUUGCAAACACCUUGAAUCAAAAAGAUUCUUGGCAAGUGCUCAGACAGCAACACAAACGAAGCCAAAGGAAGCGGAAAAGCGUGAAAAUUUGUCGUUUGUCACAAAUAUCUUCCGUGGCGAGUUACAAACAGCCCAACUUUUCCCCUAUCCGAAUACCUUGAAUGCCGAACAAAUCGAGUAUGUUGCUGCUUUCAUCGAUCCCGUCGAGAAAUUCUUCACGGAAGUGAAUGAUCCCGUAAAAAAUGACGCCACAGCGAACAUUGAUCAAAAAACUCUCGACGGAUUGUGGGAUUUGGGAGCGUUUGCGUUGCAAGUUCCCGAAAGUUAUGGCGGUUUGGGUUGCAAUAACACGCAAUACGCUCGUUUGACGGAAAUUUUGGGCGCUAACGAUCUCGGCGUUGGAAUUUGUUUGGGGGCACAUCAAUCAAUUGGAUUCAAAGGCAUUUUAUUAUUCGGCAACGAAAAACAAAAGGAAAAAUAUUUGCCUAAAGUGUCAACGGGUAAAGUUUAUGCCGCUUUUGCUCUGACAGAACCGGGAUCAGGAAGUGAUGCUGCUUCGAUCAAAACUCGUGCCGUACUUUCGCCCGAUGGCAAACAUUGGAUCUUAAACGGCAGCAAAAUUUGGAUCUCCAAUGGAGGAAUUGCCGAUAUUUUCACCGUUUUCGCCCAAACUGAAGUCGAUGACCCAAAAACGGGCGGCAAAAAAGACAAAAUCACAGCUUUUAUCGUUGAACGAGGAUUUGGCGGCGUCACAAGCGGUCCUCCCGAGAACAAAAUGGGCAUCAAAUGCUCGAAUACUGCUGAAGUCUAUUUCGAAGAUGUCAAAGUACCCGUCGAAAAUGUCAUUGGCGAAGUUGGAAAUGGCUUCAAAGUUGCCAUGCAAAUCCUCAAUAACGGGCGUUUUGGUAUGGGAUCCACAAUGAGCGGCACAAUGCGUGCUUGCAUCCAAAAAGCGACGGAACACGCGACACAACGAACCCAAUUCGGUAAGAAAAUCGAAAAUUUCGGCGCGAUUCAAGAAAAACUCGCUCGUAUGGCGAUGCAUCAAUAUGCGACACAAAGUAUGGCUUACAUGAUUGCCGCCAACAUGGAUAAUGGAAGUCAAGAUUACCAUUUGGAAGCGGCAAUUUCGAAAGUUUUCGCAUCUGAGUCGGCUUGGUUUGUGUGCGACGAGGCAAUUCAAAUUAUGGGCGGCAUGGGAUUCAUGAAAGAUGCUGGAUUGGAACGUGUUUUACGUGAUCUCCGUAUUUUCCGGAUCUUUGAGGGUACGAAUGACAUUCUCCGAUUGCUUGUAGCUCUCACGGGAAUCCAAUAUGCUGGUUCACAUUUGAAGGAAUUGCAACGCGCCUUUAAAAAUCCAACCGCUAAUUUGGGACUCAUCAUGAAGGAAUCCUCGAAACGUGCAUUGCGUACAGUCGGUAUUGGCGGAGGACUCGAUAUGACAGGGUUAGUUGAUCCAAAACUCGCUGAUGCCUCGAAAUUGUGCGCCGAAAGCAUCACAAACUUCGGUAGAACGGUCGAGUCGUUGCUUAUUAAAUACGGCAAAAAUAUCGUUGACGAGCAAUUCCUCUUGAAAUUGUUGGCGGACUCAGCAAUCGACAUUUACGCAAUGGCUUCGUGUUUGUCGCGUGCAAGCAAUAGUCUUCGUGUGGGCGUUUCUUCGGCAGAUCACGAACGAACAAUGACUGAGGCGUGGUGUGUUGAGGCCUCUGAUCGUGUUCAAUCCAACUUGCGAAAGAUCAACAGCCCACUUUUCGUUCAAAAUUUCGUCAAAAUGUCACAAAUUUCCAAAACUGUGUGCAGUAAUCAAGGAGUCGUCCAAAACAAUCCAUUGGGAGUGUAAAAGUAGUUAAUGAAAUAAUGUUUAAAAGUAAACUUAAGAAGUAAGACAUCACUUUUUUGUUCGAUUUUUUUUAGACAAUUUGCAAUCAAAAUUUUACUUAUCAUUAAAUUUUUUAAACAGAACUGAAAUUUUAAAGUAAUUUUAUGUUAGUUUUUGUUAAAUUUUAAGUAUAACUUAUGCAGUUUAUGAAUAAAUGAACGAUAUUUGUAUACAUUGAGAAAAUAUUUUAGAA